AUGAAGCAUCAUCUUAUGGUCGGCACCUGGACCGCUCCCGGUCGCAUCUACACGGUGCAGUUUGACGAUGAGGAAUUGACCCUGUCGCUGCUGAAGAAGACGGAUAUUCCGGAGGAGGAGCCGAUUUCGUGGAUGACCUUCUCUCACGACAAAAAAACCAUCUAUGGAGCGGCGAUGAAGAAAUGGAACAGUUUUGCUGUUCACAGCCCGACCGAGAUUGUCCACCAGGCGUCGCAUCCGGUGGCUGGCCAUGAACUCGCUGCCUCGGCCGACACCAACACGCGGGCGAUCUUCGUGCUGGCCGCCCACCAACCCCCCUACAACGUGUACGGCAACCCGUUCUACAAAUACGCCGGCUAUGGCAAUGUCUUCUCGGUCGCAGCGGACGGAGCCCUGGAGAAGAACGUGCAGAACUACGAGUACCAGGAAAACACCGGCAUCCACGGCAUGGUGUUUGAUCCGACGGAGACAUACCUGUACUCAGCUGAUCUGCAGGCCAACAAGAUCUGGACGCACAAGAAAGACGCACAGGGGCAGCUGGAGCUGGUGGAUUGUCUCGAGGCACCUUCGCCGGACGAUCACCCUCGCUGGGUGGAAAUGCACCCGUCCGGCAAGUAUCUGUAUGCGCUGAUGGAGGCGGGCAACAGACUGGCUGUGUAUGUGAUUGACGAACGCACACACAAGCCCGUCUUUACACACAUCACCUAUCCUCUGCUUCCUCAGGGCUUGCUGCCUCCCCGCAACAAGUACCGCGGCGACGUGACCUUCACCACCAAGGGCGGCAAGUAUCUGUUCGCCACGACGCGGGGCAACUCGUUCGACAUUACGGGGUACAUUACUGCGUUCAGACUGGGUCCUUCUGGCGAGAUUGAGAAGCAGCUGUUUAUCCAUCCUACGUCUACGAGCGGCGGCCACUCAAACGCGGUCAGCCCGUGUGAUUUCAGCGAUGAAUGGUUGGCGCUGUGCGACGACCAGAUGGGCUUUGUGGAAAUGUACCGCUGGAAGGACGAGAAUUUGGCCAGAGUGGCGAGAGUGGAUAUUCCUGAAAAGGGAUUCGGCAUGAAUGCAAUUUGGUAUGACUAG